UACGUUAAAGAAAUAAUAAAACAAGGGUUACACACAACAUUAAUUAAUCUAAAAGCAAAAAGCUUAACCUUUUAUUGUUCAUCUAAAAGCUUUUGUGUCCUUGCCGUUCCAUGCUCCAAGUAAGGACCUGAUUUCUCUCGUUCUCUCUCUCUCUCUCAUUCUCUUCCAACGAAAUCUCGAUCUCGUCGAGGAAGAAGAAGAACCCAGAUCAGAAACACACAACAAUGUCGUCGUCUUCAAAGAAACAAACUUUAUUCAUAUCGACACUAAUCAUCUCAUGGUACUCUUCAAACAUCGGUGUUCUUCUCCUCAACAAGUUCCUCCUCUCCAAUUACGGAUUCAAAUUCCCCAUUUUCCUCACAAUGUGUCACAUGUCCGCUUGUGCAAUCCUUAGCUACAUAUCCAUCGUCUUCCUCAAGCUUGUUCCUCUCCAACAUCUCAAAUCUCGUUCCCAAUUCCUCAAGGUUGCUACUCUCAGCAUCGUCUUUUGUGCUUCCGUCGUCGGUGGUAACAUCUCCCUUCGUUACCUUCCCGUCUCUUUCAAUCAAGCUGUCGGUGCUACGACGCCGUUUUUCACCGCUCUGUUCGCUUAUCUUAUGACCCUUAAGAGAGAAGCUUGGGUUACUUAUGGUGCUCUCGUCCCUGUCGUCGCCGGUGUCGUCAUCGCCAGUGGGGGUGAGCCAGGAUUUCACUGGUUUGGGUUCAUAAUGUGCAUUAGUGCUACGGCUGCUAGAGCCUUCAAAUCUGUUCUUCAAGGCAUCUUACUUUCUUCAGAGGGGGAAAAAUUGAACUCAAUGAAUUUGAUGUUGUAUAUGUCUCCGAUAGCUGUCAUUGCUCUUCUUCCUGUCACGCUAUUUAUGGAACCAGACGUGAUCAGUGUGACCUUGACGCUAGCAAAACAACAUCAGUAUAUGUGGAUACUUCUUCUGGUUAACUCGGUAAUGGCUUAUUCAGCCAAUUUGUUGAAUUUUCUGGUUACCAAACACACAAGCGCCCUCACCCUCCAGGUUCUUGGAAAUGCUAAAGGAGCAGUUGCAGUGGUGAUUUCGAUCUUGAUCUUUCGAAACCCGGUUACGGUUAUGGGAAUUGGCGGGUACUCCAUAACCGUCCUUGGGGUGGUUGCUUAUGGAGAGACAAAACGCAGAUUUAGAUGAACUUUGUCAGACAUUAGCAAGGGACAACAUAUAUAGCUUCUCUAUGUUUGUUUCUUCAUCUGUUCAAGACUCAUCCUUAGGACCUGAAAUAUUUGGGGAUUUAGGAGAUGAGAAUUUAUCAAUAGUGAUUUUUUUGUAACUAUUUUAUACGUAUUUUAUAAUGUAAUAUGUAUCGGACUAUGUUAGAUUCGAUGGUGAGAUAAUCAUUUUUGUGUUUCAAAGUUAAAA